UAAAGCUGAAUUUUAAUUAUCAUCACACAUCAUUUUCAAUUAUCAUAUCAAAAGAAAAAAAAAAAAAAAGAAAAAAACUCAUCUCCUUAAUUUCUCACACACACACACACACAAACAAAAUAACCAUGGCUUCCUUUUCUUCUUCUUCCAUUGUGGUGCUGCUGCUGCUACUUCUCUUCUUUACUAUAGCAGCAGAAGCACUUCCAACAACUUAUUUCCCAGGAAUUAAUUACCAAUCUGCCCUCAGAAAAAAUGGUUCGAUAAACCCGAAGCCCGAAAUACCAUACGAAACCCAUUACUUCCCUCAGAAUUUAGACCACUUCACAUUUCUGCCACAGAGUUACAGAAUCUUCAACCAGAAAUAUCUUAUUAACAGAGAUUUCUGGCAAAAGGGAGCUCCCAUAUUUGUAUACACAGGCAACGAAGGAGAUAUUGAUUGGUUUGCUGCAAACACUGGCUUCUUGCUUGAUGUUGCUCCCCGGUUUCGUGCUCUUCUUGUCUUCAUUGAGCAUAGAUACUACGGAGAAUCGAAGCCGUUCGGGAAGGAUUCGUACAAGUCUGCAAAGAAAUUAGGGUACCUAAAUUCACAACAAGCUAUGGCUGAUUUUGCUCUUCUAAUAAGAAGUUUGAAACACAACUUAUCUUCAGACUCAUCCCCUGUUGUUGUAUUUGGAGGGUCUUAUGGAGGAAUGUUAGCUGCUUGGUUUAGACUGAAAUACCCUCACAUUGCAAUUGGAGCAUUGGCUUCUUCAGCACCAAUCUUGCAGUUUGAUGACAUCACUCCUUGGUCUAGUUUCUAUGAUGCUGUUUCCCAGGAUUUCAAGGAUGCAAGCUUAAAUUGUUAUGAAGUAAUAAAGGGCAGUUGGGCUGAAUUGGAAGACAUUCCGAGAUACAAACAAGGUUUAGCCGAACUCAGUCGGAAUUUUCGAGCUUGCAAAGAAGUUCGAUCGAUUUACUCGGCUCGAGAUUGGCUGUGGGAAGCCUUUGUUUAUGUAGCAAUGACGAAUUAUCCGACAGAGUCCAAUUUUAUUAAGCCGUUACCUGCCCAUCCGGUGAAACAGAUGUGUAAGAUCAUUGAUGGAUUGUCGCCGGAAACUACAAAGCUUAGCAGAGUUUUCGAAGCUGCAAGUUUAUAUUACAAUUACUCGCGUACGGAAAAAUGUUUCGAGUUAGAAAAUGAAAAUGAUGAUCAUGGCCUCCAUGGUUGGAAUUGGCAGGCAUGUACGGAGAUGGUAAUGCCGAUGUCAAUUUCAAACGAGAGCAUGUUUCCUCCAUAUCAAUUCAGUUACAAAGAUUUUUCAGAUGAUUGCCUCAAAAAUUACGGAGUAAGGCCUCGUCCACACUGGAUCACUACCGAAUUCGGUGGCACUAAUAUCGAACAAGUGCUGAAGAGGUUUGGUAGCAACAUUAUAUUUUCUAAUGGACUACAGGAUCCAUGGAGCAGAGGCAGCGUGCUGAAAAACAUAUCUACCAGCAUUGUGGCUCUUGUAGCUGAGAAAGGAGCACACCAUACCGAUUUGCGUCGCGCAACGAGGAAAGAUCCCGAUUGGCUAAUCGAGCAGAGAAAGCAAGAAAUCGAGAUAAUCCAAAAGUGGAUAUCGGAUUACUAUAUAGACAUUAAGACAAGUUAUUAGAUGGUGAUAUGAAUAUGAAUAUUGCAUAAAUAAUGUUGAAGGUUUCUUCUCGUUUACCAAAAUUAAAUAACUAAUUCACCAAAGUAUAUCAGAGUUUCAUUUUCAUAAACUCUGAAAUAUUUUUUGUUUUCCUUUUAAUUUAUAGUAAAUGAAGUGUCAUUUCUACUAGAUUCCCCAAAAAAAUGUAUUAUACUCCUCCACUAAUUAAGGUGGACAUGGUUUAUUUAAUGGAAAA